AUGGCAUCACCAUCAACCCAAGCUGAUUCUGCUGCGUUUGAAGAGGAAGUGAAGCGAACGGUUUAUCUUGAUAACCUCUCACCACAUAUCACUGAACCAGUGGUGAGAUCUGCUCUUAAUCAGUUUGGGAAUGUGAAGAGUGUUCAUUUCAUUCCAAAUUACAUCGAACCAAGGAACAUCCCGCAAUGCGCAUUGGUGGAGAUGGAGGACUUAAUGCAAGCUGAAGCUGUUGUAUCUAUGACCUCCCACCAUUAUUUUAUGGUGUCUGGGAUGCCAAGGCCGGUGAGGGCUCUUCCUGCAGAAGUGAAUAUGUUUGAUGAUCGCCCGAAAAUGCCUGGUAGAACAAUACAGUGCCAAUGGUUGGAUGAAAAUGAUCCUGAUUUUAAGGUUGCACAGAAAAUUAAGGACCUUACCAAGUUAAAUGCUGCUCAAUCUGCAUUCUUACUAAAGCAACAACUGCAAGAAGAAGAGAGUCUUGCAAAGUAUCAGCAAGAUAUUCUCAACACAAAUUACAAGAAGCAUGAAGUGAUAGACAACAUCAUGGUUGAUGGAACUGCUCGUCGCUUAGCGGACCGAUAUAACCUACAUUGUGAAUGAAAGCUCCAUUUGUGAACACAUUUAAGCAGAUGGUCAGCAUUGUGCAUAUUUGUGUUACAAAAAGAACUACCGUUUACGUUCCUCAACUCCAGUUCAUAUCACUAGAACCACCAAGGUCAGAGGACAGUAGAGUACAAUUCUAAUCCCUAACUUUUGAAAGGUGCAUUGCACAUGCUUCCUAGAC